AUGGGGUCCGAAAGCCCACUCUACCGCAGACCAGCGCGCCAGUUUACCUGGGUAUCGCAAGCGCCAACAGCAAAAGUCAUACAGGACUUCCUGGAGAUCUACAAUCCGACGCACUACAUCCACCUCGCCAAGCGCGCACAGGAAUUGAUCCAAGAAGAAUUAGCAAAGCCGGAAUGGAAGGACGUACACGUAAAUGUAAGAUGUCGAGCAAAAGAGCCACAAAGCCUGGAAGAAAAGUUGAAGAUGCGGCAUGCUGAAUCGCCGUAUGAGAGUGCCGAGGAUAUUUGGGACGAUGUCCACGAUUUGGCUGGAGUGCGCAUGAUACUUUACAUGCCGAGCGAGGAUCAGCGAGAGAAGGUGAAGCGGGUCAUACAGGCGAUAUGGGGCGAAGACGUCCAGCCGAAGUACCACGACGGCUCAAACGAGAGGAUGAAUCCAGAUGAAAGAGCGAAAAUCCUUCAAGCGCCCGAGGAACGUAAUAAAUUAUCAACGAGGAAGAAAUAUCGCGCACGACACCUCGGAUAUAUCGCGGUACAUUACCGACCGAAAAUGAAGGAGGAGCAGUCCAAAAAGGGAUCUUACCUUUGGAAGAAGAGGGACAGAGUGGAGAUACAGGUUGUGUCCGCGCUCUCACACGCUUGGGCAGAAGCAGGGCAUGACAUUCUGUACAAAAGCUAUGCCUAUGGUCCGCCGACACUGCAAGAAGAGUUACUCCUGGAUUCACUCAACGGCCUCGUUCUCUCGGGAGACCUCCUGCUUGAGCAAUUCCAUGAAUUGGUGAUGAAGCGGACAUAUACCAAGUUCCGACACCGAGACGACUUCAGUAGUUUCCUUCGUGGUUUGGACAUACUUCAACCUCAGGAAGAUUCUGACAACGAACGCCCGGAAUUCGAAGUUGCUGCACUGGACGUUCUGCUGCGCUUCCUCACCAUCAUUGACCAGAACUAUCCUCUCGCUGUUCGAAACGCGAUCAAAGAACUGGGCUUUCCCGACGAGCCGAAACUGGAAACCAUUAUGGCGUCCUUAAAACCGAGCUUUGAGCCCGCGAAAGGCAUGCUGGUAACCAUAUGUCUCAUCUACCACUUGCUGCCUGCGUGCAGCGACGACACGAAGCCAGAGCAUCCGCCGGCUCAGCAAUGCAUCCUCAUGAUGAAUGCACUCAGCCUACUACAAUCCUUCUUCGGAGAAGGCGAGGGCACCAACAAAUUCUUGCGAGAGGAUAUAUGCCCCGGUAUGAGUAAUGAGGAGCGGAACAGCCUGGAGUUCAUCCUGAACGACCCUGAACGACAGCCCGCACUACUUGACCAGAGCAGCCGAAAUUACGCGCUCUAUCAGGAUCGGAUCAAGCCAGACCUGAAGCCCGCGUGGGAUUGGUUUCAAAGCCAGACUGCCAGACCGCAGUCCAUCUGUGGCAUGGCCUUCCGGCUGGCAGAGAUGGGUGCAACUGGCGACGUCGACAUGACAAAGCUGCUUGGUCAGUUGAGCAUCGGCUCGAUACUAUCAAGAUCGAGCACUUAUAGCUUGGAGGACGACGUGACUGAAUAA